ACAGUGUCACGCACUUGCUCUCCGUUGGUCGCAGCUGGCCGUAUGGAGCCUGAGCUGGAGCACGCACUACGCAGGACGACGUCCUGGAGCAGCCUCGGGGGGCCUGAGCACCAAGAGAUGAGCUUCCUAGGGCAAGGAGACAGCACUUCGUGGCCAUCACUGGCCGUGACCACCAGCUCAGAACGAAUCCAUGGGAAACGAAGGGCCAAGGCCUCGAGAUGGACGAGGAAGGAGGCUGUAGAGGAAGGGGAGCCACCAGGUCUGGGGGAAGGUCCCCAGUCCAGGCCAGCUGCUGAGUCCACCAGGCUGGAGGCCACAUUCUUCAAGGCCACACCCUUGGCCCAAGCUGCUCCCUUGGCCAGGGAGGACACCCCACCAACAAAGUGGGACUUUCACCCCUCUGACUGUGCAGCCUCAGCUGCGGGCUCCAGCACAGAUGAUGUGGAGCUGGCCAUGGAGCUCCCGGCCACAGAAGCCUGGGACUGUGAGCUCAGAGGCCUGGUGGAAGAGAAGCCGGCCCCAUGCCCGUCCCCCCAGGCCCUGUUGCCCAGGCUGGGCUGGGACGAUGAGCUACAGAAGCCGGGGGCCCAGGUCUACAUGCACUUCAUGCAGGAGCACACCUGCUACGAUGCCAUGGCAACCAGCUCCAAGCUGGUCAUCUUCGACACCACACUGCAGAUCAAGAAGGCCUUCUUUGCCCUGGUGGCCAAUGGCCUGCGGGCAGCGCCCCUGUGGGACAGCAAGAAGCAGAGCUUUGUGGGGAUGCUGACAAUCACAGACUUCAUCUUGGUGCUGCACCGCUAUUACAGGUCCCCCCUGGUCCAGAUCUAUGAGAUUGAAGAACAUAAGAUAGAGACCUGGAGAGAAAUCUACCUUCAAGGCUGCUUCAAGCCUCUGGUCUCCAUCUGUCCCAAUGACAGUCUGUUUGAAGCCGUCUACACCCUCAUCAAGAACCGGAUCCAUCGCCUGCCCGUCCUGGACCCGGUCUCAGGCACCGUUCUCCACAUCCUCACACACAAGCGGCUGCUCAAGUUCCUGCACAUCUUUGGUUCCCUGCUGCCUCGGCCCCCCUUCCUCUACCGCACCAUCCAAGAUCUGGGAAUCGGCACAUUCCGAGAUGUGGCUGUGGUGCUGGAAACAGCGCCCAUCCUGACGGCACUGGACAUCUUCGUGGACCGGCGCGUGUCUGCACUGCCCGUGAUCAAUGAAUCUGGUCAGGUCGUGGGCCUCUACUCCCGCUUUGAUGUGAUUCACCUGGCUGCGCAGCAAACCUAUAACCACCUGGACAUGAGUGUGGGAGAAGCCCUGAGGCAGAGGACACUGAGUCUGGAAGGAGUCCUGUCUUGCCAGCCCCACGAAAGCUUGGGGGAUAUCAUCGACAGGAUUGUGCAGGAGCAGGUCCACCGUCUGGUGCUAGUGGACGAGACCGAGCAUCUCCUGGGCGUGGUCUCCCUCUCUGACAUCCUUCAGGCACUGGUGCUCAGCCCUUCUGGCAUCGAUGCCCUCAGUGCCUGAGAAGAUCCUAGUCCUCACUCCUGGGCCACCUUCUAUACCCGGAAGCCAAUGAAGGGAGCUGGGGGACUGUGCCUUCAUCUCCCCGUCCCCCGUUUGCUGGUUCGGCUCUGGUUCAGUCUGCAGGUCGGCAGGACGUGAGAGCAGUGGAGGUGGCAGUCUCCACCCAGAUUCCAGAGGAGGUAUGGAAAAGCCUGGGGACCCAGGCAGAGACCUGCCACAGGGGUGGAGCCACCACAGAGGACAUCUACUAGAGCAAUGCUGAGCAGGAAUGUGGGGUCGGAUCCCCCACAGAGAGCCCCCACCAGGGAAAAGUCUA